AAAUUAGUGUUAUUUGUCAGUGGUUUUUGCGACAGUCACAUCCAUUAAUCGUUGAUUAUAAUAUUUAUAAUUUAUAUUAUAUUAAGUUAUUUUGGAAAAAGUUUGGCAGAAAUGUUCAUGUUUUUAAAUUUUAUUUUUCUCAACAUUUUGUUGAUUGUUUUAGUUUAUGCUAACGAUAUUUUAUUGGAAAGCGACACAAUCGCCGUUUCUAAUGGAUUUGAUGAUAGUCAAAAAUACAAGAAUGAUAUCGGCUUUCACGAUGACAAUUAUAGAAUUUACCAUACAUCAAAACACGUAUUUUACUGGCUUUAUACGAGAGAUAAUCCCGACGGUCAACGUUUAAACAGAAGUGAACCACAUUUGAUCGAAAAUACAACGUACAAUGCAGAAAAUCCAAUUAAAGUAAUUGUGCACGGUUGGCUUGGUGAUACUCAAGAAAAAGAAAGUCUUUGUAUGUACAACGUUAAGGCGUAUUUAAAGGUGGGUGAAUAUAAUGUGAUUUGUGUGGAUUGGAAACAGUAUUCGACUGAUCUAUCAUACUCAGUCGCAAGAGCACGAGCCAAACACAUCGCUCACGAUAUAGCUAAAGUUUUGACUAGGGUAACGAAUAACUUGACGGAAGGAGUUGAGAAUAUGCAUUUGAUCGGGCACAGUAUGGGAGCCCACAUUGUUGGAUUCGUGGGAAAAAAUUUGGUCGAUACGAUUCCUAGAAUUACAGGAUUAGAUCCUGCAAAACCAAUGUAUGAAAACAAACCCCCAGAAGAUAGGCUCUAUAUUACUGAUGCCCAUUUUGUAGAUGUUAUGCAUACCAAUAGUGCCAAUAACGGGUUUAAAAAAUCAAUCGGUCAUAUCGAUUUCUUCCCAAACGGAGGAAAGUCACAACCCGACUGCGGAUUUUCAGAUAAAUCUACGGGUUCGUGCAGUCAUAUCAAAGCCUAUCAUUAUUUCGCACACUCCAUAUGGGCCAAGGAGGAUUAUGUAGCGCGCAAAUGUUCUAGUUGGGAUGACUAUAAAGCGCACGAGUGUGACGACAAUGAAAGUACUUUCAUGGGUGAACACGUGGACAUUAACCAAACCGAAGAUUAUUUUUUGGAAACGAACGUAGACGAUCCAUAGACCUGCUCUUGGCUACGAAUAACAGAAGAAUAAAUUAAGAUAUAUUUGACUUGUUGAAAAUUACAAAUCGUGGUUUUAUUGAGAGUUGUAGAUUCUAUGAAUAGUUGAUCUAUAUAGUUAAUUUUUAAAUACAGUGCACUUGUGGGGAUUACUUUUUAAGUCUAUAAGGGUUAAUAUAAUAUAAUAUUACUUGAAUUAACUUUUUUUUCUUUCAUUAACAGCCGGACUUAAAUUUAUAUUAUUAUAUAUUCAACGGUGGUUUAAACAAAAUUUUUUGUUGCGAGAAAAAAUGGAAUUAGAUUCGUAAACGGUUGUUAUUAGCUUUUUGUGCACACAAUUGAGUAUUCAUCUUUAAAUUAUUAAAAUUUUGUUUAAAAAAUUAUUUUCUAAAAUUGUUAGUUGCUAUAUGAUAAUUUUUGUCAAGACAUUAACUUAAAAAUACAUUAUUUAAUGACUAAUAAAAUAUGUUUACAUAAUUAUAUGUAUAUAUUGGCUUACUGUAAUAUUGAUUAAAAGAAGCUAAAGUUUCAGUUGCGGAAGAAUCAUAUAAAUAACUAUAGUUAUGUUACGUUCAAUUAUGUCUACGUUUUUUUUUCAACUAUGUACAUUAUACAAUUAUCUAAAGACUGAUAUAAAUCCACUCACACAAGUCACAACUUGUAUUUGAAUUUCCUCAACGAGCUGUAUUAUAUUUUAUAAAAAUAUCAUAAAAGACUUAAUUUGAAAUAUGUGUUAUGACGUUAGCAUAAUAUUAUAAAAACAUAAGACCUGAGUCGAUAAAGUUCACCACGAAACUAAGAAUACGUUACUAACCAGGAAAUUAUAUAAUUGUUCACUAAUCACACUAAAAGAUACCACACAAUAAAUAAGUAUUUUUUUUUUA